UCAUGAUGUUCUCCUAUUGACGUGUCGUAUUCGGAAAAACACACACAGGGCUGUUUUUCAUGCUACUUCGCUGUGUAACCACCAGUUAUUACCAACAGAUAGAACAAUGUCAGAGCCCAGCAAGCAGGACAUUUCCACUAUUUUUAAGCGACUUCGCGCCAUCCCUACGAAUAAGAUUUGCUUUGACUGCUCAGCUAAAAACCCCAGUUGGGCCAGCAUCACCUACGGUGUAUUCCUGUGUAUAGAUUGCUCUGGGACACACAGGUCUCUUGGGGUGCAUCUGACCUUUAUCAGGUCCACUGAGCUGGAUUUCAAUUGGUCUUGGUUUCAGCUAAGAUGUAUGCAAGUGGGAGGCAAUGCCAGUGCGAUGUCAUUUUUCAGUCAACAUGGGUGCACGACCAGUGCUGCCAAUACCAAGUACAACAGCCGAGCUGCUCAGCUGUACAGGGAGAAGAUAAAGACUUCAGCCACGCAAGCCACCAGAUCCCAUGGCACUGAGUUGUGGCUUGACAGUCAGGCUCCUCUCUCCCCAACAUCACCGGACGACAAGCAAGUGGAUUUCUUCAGUCUUCAUAUACAGGCUCUUCCUGAAAAUGUGAACACGGCCAACACGGUUCAAAUGUGUCUCAGCUCCUCCGCAUCAGAGAAGCCUUUAACCAGGGGAAAAGAGGAAGACGGUAAUCUAGAUGAGGGUCCUAGUGUGGAGAUGCUGACUGUUUCUACAGAAUCAAAUCUAGAGCAUUCCUCUCUCCUUAAGAAGAAGCCAACUGCCGCCAAGAAAACCUUGGCCUCUAAGAAAGGCGGUCUGGGCGCUCAGAAGGUUAGCAGUAAGAGUUUCUCAGAUCUGGAGAAGAAGGCUCAAGCUGCCGACAAGCUCAGAGAGAAAGAAGAGAACACUGGUGCUUCCAAGAAGAGCAACCAACCUGAGGAAUCCAUCUCUCCAUCCCUACGACUGACCUGUAAAGAUUUUGAGCAGCAGAGGAAAAUGGAGGAGAAGAAGUUGAAGGGAUUAAAGGGGAAUAAGAAAGAGCAAGCUGAGAGACUGGGCAUGGGUCUGGGCAUGAGGAGUGGAGUGUCUCACUCUGUCACAUCGGACAUGCACAUGAUCCAGCAGGAGAGUCCACUGGGGACCAAGACCACCAAGGCGCGACGGUUCACCGAGGACAACGAUGAUGAAGGGUCCUUCAGCUCUAGGAUUUUGUCCCGGUUUGAGGAUCAAACAGAAACGUCAGAUAGUUUCUCCUCGCUGUGGGAUGAUAGAGGUGAAGGAGGCUGGCUCAAGGAGAGCAAGAAACCAGAGCCGGACUUCUACUUGACCUCCACUAUAUCAUCACUGAAUGACAGGCCCACAGCCAGAAGAAAACCAGAAGCAGUGCCAGUAUCGGACACAGGAGAAGCUCAGAAAAAGUUUGGAGGCGACGUGAAAGCCAUCUCUUCUGACAUGUACUUUGGAAAACAAGAUAACUCUGAGUAUGAGGCCAAAACACGACUGGAAAGGUAUUCUGGGAGUGCCUCUAUAAGUUCAGCAGACCUCUUUGAUGAUCCAAAGAAACAGACUGUGAGUUCCUACCGUCUGACCAACGUGCUGCCCAGUGCUCCUGACAUGUCACAGCUCAAACUGGGAGUGCGCUCCGUGGCAGGAAAACUCUCCGUCAUGGCCAGCGGCGUAGUUAGCUCAAUUCAGGACCACUACAGCUCCUGAGUCAUGGUGUGUGGCUUCUGUUAGAUUCAGCGCCCUCAUAGUUGGCCCAAUGAGUGGUGGUCACUCAUCCUUGGAGCAAAAGAGUUUAUUUUAGUUUAUUUAGUUAUUGCUUAUUUUACUUUGGGGUCUUGGGGUUUAAAUAUAUAUAUAAAAAAAAAAAAGUAUAUGUAGCAGAUGGUUUGUGGUGUUUUGAAGGAUGGAUUUGCGUUCUGAUUUCUUUAGUUGAUGAUGUGUAAAAAAAAAAAAAAAAACCUAAGGAGUAGAGAGUACUCAGUUGUAAGUUUUUAAUUGGUUAACCUACUCUCACUCAUCAUGUGCACUCUGUAUUGUGCUUUUUUUGCACAUUCCCACAGGUUUGAAAGUGUCCUUUCCGUCCCCAAAGUGCACUUAUUUUUGCUCUUUCAAAGACGGGACCAAAACCUGAUAACGAGGCCUUGGGGGACCAGAUAUAUAUUUUUUAAUCACACAUACUAUCAGUUAUGUAGCCUCAUUAACACAUUAGCUACAUUAUCUUGUGAAUAGUUAUGUUUUUCUUUGUUUUUGCAGGCCAUGCAUCUGUUAUUAUAAAAGGACAAGAUGGCAUGAAAUCUAUGCAGCUAUUAAAAAUUGAGUUUGAAGGAUAUGCUCAUUCACUUUCUUGCCAGGAAUACGGUGAGAAGAUUGAUACCACUCUUAUCUGUCGGUUUAAUACGAAGCUGUAGCCAGGAGCCGGUUUAGCAUAGCUUAGCAUAACGACUGGAAACAGGAGCUAGCCUGGCUCUGUCUGUAGGCAACAGUCUGCUUACCAACCAGCGUGAUAAAACGUUUGUAACCUUUGGAUAGAGCCAGUUAGCUGCUUCCAGUCUUUAUGCUAAGCUUACUGGUUAGUCCUUUAGCAAUCUAGCUGAUAGCGUUAGAAUAACCCUGCUUGAUGUAGGUCAAUUGCACUGUGUUUUUUUUUUUUUUUUUUUCUCAUUUCUGUUGCUUGGAAUCAGACACUUUAAGAUGUUGUAAUUGAUAAUAUGGUCAACAUUGUAAGCAGUAGAUUAUUAUUUUGAGGGGUUCCUUUUGAUGAUGUUUUGUAUUUAAUUUGUAGCUGUUUUUGUACGUCCGCUGUGACAUUCUACAUUGCCCCCUUUGGUAUAACAUUUAAUAGCCCACACUUGGAAGGCUAGAAUUAUCUGAUGCGGACCUCUUUGUAGCUUUCAGGCCCCAUUGUACAGCAACACAUGUCCACUUAAAAUAUGACUGAAAGCAAUCCCUUUUUAAAGGCCUCAUUUUGUUGUUGCUGUAACAUACUGCAAAAGUCAUAAUAAAUAAAUCGCACUACAAUGUGGUGCUAUAAUGUGAUUUUGGAUUUGGCAUUUAAAAGCAAUAGAAAAACAGGCUCUGAGGUGGAAUAACCACGGCUUGUGCUUUAGCAUUAAGGUCAAAUUUGCCAUGAUGCUUAAAAUCUAAUUGUGCAGAGUUAACAGACUGGAGUUUUUUAAGCCCUGGUUUGGGAACUGGAUGAUUAUAUUACUGAGCAAUUUCUGUACUGUAAAUGCUUCUCAGGAGUUUGAGUUGUUAAAUAAGAAACACUAAAAGUGAAAGUUGUAGAUCCUUCAAUGACCAAAUAUUUGUUUACUCCAUCACUCUAUGCCUUAGUCCAAAGAUCUCUGAUUAACGCGCCCUCAUAUUGCAAUAUUGUGCUGGCUAUCUUUUUGCACAUUAUUUUGUUAGAAAUUGCAUGUGGCAGCUUUUGCUUGAAUGUACUGUAUUGCAAUUCAACAUUUGCCUCUAAGGUGACGUUGCGUCCAUGUUAGACUUUAAUUUAGUUGAUCUUUGUUUGUCUUCUGCUGUUAAAUAUUGUUAAAGGUUACCUAAAAGAAUAGUAGCUUGUGUAAUUAGCAUGGCCCUUGUAGUUAAUAGGACAUGCUGAAAAAUCCUGAAUACAAGAUAGCAUACUGCCGUUGGGAGCCAUUAAAUAAUAAUGGAAUAACAGAAUUGAUCAAUAAAAGCUAUAUUAUAGUACUGCUACAUACAAUGUUGUAUAGGGCUUUGAAUUACCAGUUAUAGAAAGCUACUGAUAAUCAAGUUUUGACAUAUUUUGACACUCAAAAUGGAAGUAAGAUUUUUGGAAACACGCCAAAUAAAUGGCUUGUGCCGAACUCUU